CCGGCGAAGCCCGCUGCCGGCGCGAGUCUCCCGCGGGCUGAGGUGAGGGCGUCUCUUGACAGGCGGCUCAGGUGUGAGGCGCGCAGGGAGGGUGCGCUGCGGAUCGGCCCGGCUCUCCCCGCGCGUGCCGGCGGCGGCUCGCAGUUCCGGUAGCUGAGGCGGCCCGGGCUCUCAGUUGCGUUUUCUCCCUCGUCUGUCUUGGGGCGUUCGCCUUCGUGGCUGGUGGUUCCUGAGCAACUUGGCUGUGACGGGCUGUGGGCAGCGAAGUACAGAGUAAAACGGCGAAGCAGGACUCUGGGAGGUUUGAACACUGGUCCACUCCACAAGAAUGUUUGCUGCAUUUGUGGACCAAAGCAUGGGGUUCAUUUUUAUUUUUGGAAAGACAGUGCCGGUGGUCCCCCUCCAGCUGUCAGUCUGGCGUUAAUGAAGAUGCUUGCCUAUUUUGCAUGGACUGGUCGUCAUUCUGAGUGUCUCUUCAAGCACAGCUCUGUUUGGAAACUCGAGUAUCCAAGAGUUUGGGUAAUGGCAUAAGACAUCCUCUAUCUGAGGACUGCAGAGUUUAUAGAGACUCCGUCUGGACUCUCCAAUCAGAGUGGCGCUCUUGAUUCACUGAAUUUGGAAGAAUUUUAUAUAAGUAACAACAAAAGAUGGGAGAAAGAAAUGGUGAUGCAAGGAGUUUCUGGAUGAAGCUUCAAGAUGAUGGUAAAGUGGACUUUAUGUUUGAAAAAACACAAGAUGUGCUGCAGUCACUGAAACAGAAGAUAAAAGAUGGGUCUGCCACAAAUAGAGACUGUGUCCAAGCAAUGAUUUUGGUAAAUGAAGCAAAUACAAGUAACAGUCCAACAAAGGAUCAUAUACCUAUGACUCAGAAUGAACAGGAAAACAAAUCAAAUGCAUUUCCCUCUACAUCAUGUGAAAACUCCUUUCCUGAGGACCGUACCAUUCUAUCUCCAGGAAAAGAAGCAUUCCUCCCUGUAACCAGGAAAGCUGCAGACCUGGGGAAGAAGGAACCCCCUUUGAGUGUGUCUUUCUGUGGCCAUAUCUGCUCCAGUGCUUGUCUAAUGGAAACACCACUGUCAUUGAAGGGAGAAAACCCUCUGCAGCUACCAAUCAGAUGUCACUUCCAAAGACGACACGCAAAAACAAACUCUCAUUCUUCUGCUCUCCACGUAAAUUAUAAAACGCCCUGUGGACGGAGUCUACGAAACAUGGAGGAAGUUUUUCAUUACCUUAUUGAGACAGAGUGUAACUUUUUAUUCACAGACCACUUUUCUUUCAAUACUUAUGUUCAGUUGACUCGGAAUUACCCAAAGCAAGAUAAAGUUGUUUCUGAAGUGGAUAUUAGUAACGGAGUGGAAUCAGUGCCGAUUUCUUUCUGUAAUGAAAUUGACAGGAGGAAACUUCCACAGUUUAAGUACAGAAAGACAGUAUGGCCCCGAGCAUACUACCUAAAUUUUUCCAACAUGUUUUCUGAUUCAUGUGACUGCUCUGAGGGCUGUAUAGACAUAAAAAAAUGUGCAUGUCUUCAGUUGACAGCAAAGAAUGCGAAAGCAUGUCCCUUGUCACCUGAUGCAGUAUGUACUGGAUAUAAAUAUAAAAGGCUGCAGAGACUCAUACCUACUGGCAUUUAUGAAUGCAACCUGUUGUGCAAGUGUAACCGUCAGUUGUGUCAGAACCGAGUCGUCCAACAUGGUCCCCAGGUGAGGCUACAGGUGUUCAAAAGUGAGAAGAAGGGCUGGGGAGUACGCUGCCUGGAUGACAUUGACAGAGGGACAUUUGUGUGCAUUUAUUCAGGAAGAUUACUAAGCAGAGCCACUCCUGAGAAAACUAAUACUGAUGAAAAUGGAAGAGAACAACAAAACAUUGUAAAAAAUACACUUUCCAAAAAGAGGAAGAUAGAAGUUGCAUGUUCAGAUUGUGAAACACAUCCUAGAAGUCCUAAAACUGAGAAAUGUCCUAUUAAGUUUAGUAGUGAUCUCAAAGAGCCUGUUAUGGAAAUGAACUAUAGAAAUAUUUCAAGAACUCAGCGUCUCUCAGUCAUUAGAAGCCCUAAAUUCAAGACAGCUGUUUUUCAUUACAAUGAGAAAAGCAUGGGAUUUGUUUCCUCAGAAUCUACCACCCCCGAAGAUAAGAAUGGAUUUAAAGCAGCUCACGAACACAGAAACUCUAAAGCUAGAGCUCACGAGGACUUAAGUUCAAACCAAGUUGGACAUUCUGAAGACAGACAGCUGAUUGAAUCAGAUGUGAUAGAAGUAACUAAAAGUCAAGAAGACACUUCACCAGAGGGCAGGUGUAAGCGCAUAGCCACAUCGAAUAAUGAGAAUACUAAAAAGGUGCUUGAAGUUCCAGUAAAAACAUCCCAAGAAGGAGAACCGGCAGACUCACAGAGUCAGCAGGUCUUCUGUGAUGAGGAGUUGCCAAGUGAAAGGACGAAGACCCCGUCCCCUUCUCUAGUGAGGCUCAGUAAAGAGAAUGGGUUUCUACUGGAUGCUUCCAAAGAAGGAAAUGUGGGCCGCUUCCUUAAUCAUAGUUGUUCCCCAAAUCUCUGUGUACAGAACGUUUUUGUAGAAACACAUGACAGGAAUUUCCCACUGGUCGCCUUCUUCACCAACAGGUAUGUGAAAGCAAGAACAGAACUAACAUGGGAUUAUGGUUAUGAAGCUGGGACCAUGCCUGAAAAGGAAAUCCUCUGCCAAUGGGUCUGUCAGGUUACAGAAAAGAUGGAAAAAAGGACAUGUGCCCUCUGCCCCAAAGGCCACGACUGGAGUGUGAUAUACUUUGCACCAUCGGAGAAUAUAGCUGCUCAUGAAAAUUGUUUGCUGUAUUCAUCAGCACUGGUGGAAUGUGAAGCUCAUGAUAAUCUUAAUAAAUCUAGAAAUUUUGCUGUGAAAUCGGUAAAGAAAGAGAUCUGGAGAGGAAGAAGAUUGAGAUGCACAUUUUGUACUAAAGGAGGCGCCACCGUGGGAUGUGAUUUACCCUCCUGUUCCAAGAAUUACCACUUUUUCUGUGCCAAAGAGGACAACGCAGUUCUACAAGUUGAUGGAGUUGAAGGAACUUACAAAUUAUUUUGCCGACAACAUGCUCCAGAACUACCAGGGACCAGUCAAAGUGCUGAGAGCCCAAGCUUGCAGAAAGGGAAAGGAAAGAAGAAAUGCCUCCCAUCAGGCUCCCCUGAACAGCCACCAAAGAAGUUGGGCAGAUUCAAAAGAUGUAUGAGAGAAGAGCCCCGCAGCCACAGAGAUGCAAUUGCCAAAGUUCCUUUUCUUAAGAAAUGCAAGGAAGCAGGACUUCUUAAUGAAUUAUUUGAAGGGAUACUAGAAAAACUUGAUUCAAUUCAAGGAAAACUCCUGAGUGAGACCGCUUCAGAAUCAGACUAUGAAGAGAUCGAUACUUUACUGUUUGACUCUGGAUUGUUUGAAGACACAUUAAUAAAAUUCCAAGAAGUAAUCAAGAGUAAAGCUUGUGAACAUGAAGAGAGGCAGAGGCUGCUGAAGGAGCAGCUCGAGGCACUUGGGAACUUGACGCAAACUUUGUGCUCCUUUCAAGAAAACGGAGACCUGAACUACUCAAGCUCUACUUCAGGAUCCUCUCUGUUUCCCUGAGGAGCCCCAGUUCAAAUGCCCAGUCUACUAAGAUGCAAGCAGGCUGGAAGACAGCCUGUGACAGCUACAUAGGUCCCCAUCCCUCCCUGACCUGCUACUGCUGAUCGCUCUUUUACACCUGACUGGGUGUUCUCUCCUCUCGUCAUCCCACUUGCCUACUUUUCUGUGCCAGUAAAAAGGGCUCCUCAGGUCAACUGGGUCAGCUGAGAACAGAUCCUCCCAUCUGUAAUCCAAGGAGUGAGGAAGUCUUUCUCUUUGUGGUGCCUUCCCUACCCACCCCAGCCAACCACAGCAAUACCAGAGCCCUUGCAUAUCCUGUGGUGCAAUCUUAGAACUUUCUCUUGUCUCUGCUGUCCCUCCAGUAGGUCUCAUACUAGCCUUCUCGCAGUAUUAAUAACUCCAACAGAGUAGAGCACAAACCCAUUCCCGUGGCUUGCUGGUACCCUGAGUUUCUGCUCACUACCACAUUUCCAAGACUUAGCAAACUCAAUAAAUGUUUGUAAAAUACA